UUUAUUCAAAUUUUAUUGAUUUUUUUGGAUCGAAUCAAACAUGAUCUUAUCAUUAAUAGAUAAAAGGCAAAUGAAUUCAGCGCAAACGAAUUCUUAUCGUUGAAGAUGUUUUUAGCAACAGAGAAGAUGCAAACUCUCUCGGAAAAAUUGAAAAAAUUAAGGACCGAUUCAUUUGGAAUAAAUGUUAUAUCAUUUUGGAUUUUGGGCCUAUGUAAUAAUUUUGCUUAUGUAGUUAUGUUGAGUGCAGCUCAUGAUAUUUUAGAAUCAUCUACAGCACACAGUAUUAAGUAUCAGCCCCCACAAAUAAAAUUGCAAUUAUCUAAUUCUACAGUGAUUAAUAAACGUUCCUCACUUUAUGAAUGUAACACUAUAUCAACUGGGGCAAUAUUACUUGCAGAUAUAUUACCAACGCUAGUUUUAAAAUUAUUGGCUCCUUUUUUUUUGAUUGCAAUUUCUUAUAACAUUCGAAUUUCAUUUGUCAUUAUGUUUGGAUUCUUAUCAUUAUUGAUUGUCUCUGUGGCUUACAGCACUUGGGAAAAUAUUUUAGGGGUCGUUUUUGCUAGCUUGAGCACUGGCUUAGGCGACUAUUCUUUCCUCAGUCUAUCUUCUUAUUAUCACAAAAACAUACUGUCUGCGUGGGCAUCUGGAACAGGAGCUGCCGGUCUGUUUGGUUCAUUAUCCUAUGCAGGUUUAAUUUCUCUAGGACUGAGUUCUCAAAACACUUUGAUGAUUAUGUUGUUUAUGCCAGUUCUGAUGGGAUUCGCCUUUUUCUGGCUACUUAAUAAACCUGGAUACGUAACAGCGGAUGAUAGUCAAUUAGAAAAUGACCAACAGCCGAGUUCCACUAAGGGUAAAUUUUCCACUUCUUCACUUGAUCUAGUCAAAGAUCAGGAAGACGUUAACAUUAAGGCGGAAAACUCUGCUGAAGCCCCUAAUUUAUACCCGCCACUUCCUCCCAAAUCCAAAACCACAUUCGAUGAUAAUAAAAUUUUACAACCAUCCAAUUCCAAUAUUCCUUCAUCUAGAUCAGGAACUAAUACUAAUUCUAGUAAGUCCAAUUUUGGCGAUAUAAACACAACUAAAAAAUCUCCCUUGCUUCCUAAAAAAGAUGAAAGGCUUUCUUAUUACAAUUCGAGAAGGACUUUCGAUUUUACAGGCCGAAUUGUUAUGAUUUUUCGUUUGUUGCCUUAUAUGCUGCCUCUUGGGAUAGUUUAUUUUUCGGAAUAUUUUAUCAAUCAGGGCUUGUUUGAACUGACUUAUUUUAGGGGCAUAUGGUUGGAUCACUCUAGUCAAUAUCGAUGGUAUCUGGUAGACUAUCAACUCGGAGUAUUUAUAUCUAGAUCAUCUUUCAAAGUCUUGCCCAUGCCAUAUCUAUGGAUUUUCCCCUGCCUUCAGCUUAUUAACGUGUGUAUCUUCUUAGCCAACGUUCACUAUUUCUUCAUUCCGACCAUUUGGAUAGUGUUUGUCUUGAUUUUCUUCGAAGGCUUUAUAGGUGGUGCAGCAUAUGUCAAUACUUUUCACAAAAUUGCUUACGAUCACGAAGACUGCAGCGAAAGGGAAUUUUGUUUGGGAGCAGCUUCUCUAGCCGAUACCACAGGUAUAUCAUUGGCCGGAUUUACAUCUCUUCCGGUUCAUAAUUAUUUUUGCUCCAAGUGACUGGAUAAUUCUAUCGAUUAAAAGAGUAUAUCUCGGGGAAUUGCAAACCUAUUUUACAGAAAAAUUAUAAUCUUACGUAUUUAAUUUUUUAUAGAAUAAAAAUUUGUAGAUUCCAGAGCAUAAUAUUUUUGUUUCUUUCAAAAUAUGUUAAUGCAUUAUAAUAAUUUGUAAAUAUGAAAAUAUAUCACCUAAUUUUGUUUUUUGCAUUAAAGAAGAUAGUCUAAUUUUGAUUUUUACUAAAUUAUAGCCCUUAUAUAAUUGUAGGUAAAUUGAAAUUUUGUUAAUGAUCGUAUAUUUCGAAUAUAUUAUAGAUUAAAAAUAAUUUGAAUUGUCUUUUUUUAUUUCACCUUAAUAUAGGUUUUAUUACUUUUAAUAUAAAAUUUUGGAAAUAUAAUGUUUAUAAUUUUAGAAAUUUUAUUUCAAUCGAUUUUAACCAGUCUUCUCUUUUUUUUUCAGUUGGGUAAAAAAAUUAUAUUUCACAAACCAAAUUUAAUUUACAAAUGCACAUGUAUUUUUAAUAAUGCUGUUUAUAUUAUGCAUAAUAUGUAAAGUAUUUAAAUAUUUAUAUAUAUAAAUUAAUCAAAGUUGUAUAUCUAUAGCCUUGCACGUUCCGUGUAUUAGUAAUUAUUAUACAUAUUAUAUAAUUCCAAAUAUUUAUUUGUUUUAUAUCUUAUAUUAUAAUUGGCGAAUUA